AUGUCUUUUGACGACAACGAGAAGCAUCCUCCCGGAGAAGACGUCCUCUCUCCCGUAUCGGAUAUCAAGAAGACUGCAGACGACGUCAACCAGAGGCAAGUGCUUCGGAAGCUUGAUUUUAGGCUGCUUCCGUUCGUCUGUUUGCUCUUCGUACUGAGCUUCUUGGACCGUACAAACAUCGGCAACGCGAAGGUGGCUGGUCUCACGGCCGACCUACACUUGGCGGGAUGGCAGUACAGCCUCGCUUCGGCUAUAUUCUUCGUCACCUAUUGUCUGUUUGAAGUCCCUUCAAACAUCAUGCUGAAGGUCAUGUCUCCGUCAAAGUGGAUACCGAUCAUCAUGUUCUUCUGGGGUUGUAUCGUGUUGUCCAUGGCGUUCGUUAAGAACUUCGCCGGCCUAGUCACCGCACGAGUGUUCCUUGGAGUGACAGAGGCAGGUCUCUUCCCCGGUGUAACGUUUUAUCUGUGCACGUGGUAUCCGAAGGUAGAGCAAGCAAAGAGGCUUGCUAUCUUCUCGAGCGCGUCAUCCGUGGCAGGUGCGUUCGGAGGAUUGCUGGCGUUUGCAAUCGAGAAGAUGGGCGGAAUAGGAGGUUUAGCUGGAUGGGCAUGGAUCUUCCUGCUCGAAGGCUUGUUGACGGUUACAGUCGCGGCCGUCGCGUACUUCGUCAUGUAUGAUUACCCGGAGACAGCCCCAUUCCUAACAGAACGCGAGCGCGCGUGGUUGGUCCACACGUUGAAGACAGACAACACAGGUCUAUCGAAGGACCUCAAGUGGCGAUUUCUCGCACAGGCGCUACGCGAUCCCCACUCCUACCUCAUGAUCAGUCUCUUGUUCUUCAUCUUCAUUCCCGGCUAUUCCUCCGCGCUCUUCCUGCCGACGAUCAUCUCCGGGCUUGGGUUCUCGGCUUCGCACGCUCAGCUACUCACAAUCCCACCAAACCUCUGCGCGCUGCUCACCACCAUCCUCGCAGGCGCACUGUCCGACCGCUUCCGCGUCCGCGGGCCCGUCAUAAUGGCCGGCACGCUCCUCGCGCUUGCUGGGUACGCAAUCCUAUACGGGACGUCGUCCCCAGGCGCGGGAUACGCAGGCACGAUCAUCGCGACGUGCGGCAUAUUUCCAUGUGUUCCGUGCACACUUGCGUGGACAGGCGCAAAUAUAGGUGGUGAGAUGAAGCGCGGGGUCGUGAUCGCGAUGGUCAUCGGCGUGGGUAACCUGGCGGGUAUCGUCGCGUCGUUCAUAUACCGUCCUCAGGACAGCCCGCGUUAUCACCUCGGACAUGGGAUUAACAUCGCGUGUCUUUGCGUCGUAGUUGUCAUCUGCAUCGUCUCAAUGCUCGAGUUCGCUAGGCUGAACCGCCGGAAAGUAGCGCAGUGUGCGCGGGAGGGAAUCACGGACAAGAACACCAGCGAAUUCGUUGAUAUGGGCGACGCUUCGCCAUUGUACAGGUUCGUUGAGACCGCCCGUUUCGAUAUGCGGGUUGCGUGCUCACGACAUGAAUGGGUGAACAGAUAUAUGCUUUGA